GUCCGUUUCUUCGUUGGUGCGCUCUCCGUUCAGCUUUGGCAUUUUCGCUCAUCAUUUCAAACAACAUUAUUUUUUUUUUUUUUAAAUUGAUUAGUCGUGUUUUCGUAGACAUAAUAAUGAACUAAAUGUCAAAGGUCAAUGGAUAACUCUUCAGAUUGUCGUAUUUACAUCAUUCAACCCAGUCAGCGAUACACAUCCAACUAGCUGCUUGUUUACCGGGUCACGAGAAAGAAAAAGAAAAACGGUACAGAUGGCAACGACGCGAGAUAUCGAAUCGGAGUUGAAGCGACGGGUGGCGUACCUGCCGGGCGGUCGGGAUCGAUCGGGUCAGCCAUUAAUUGUCGUCCCAAUCGAUCCGCCUCCGGCCGGAUUGUGCGGCGCCGGCGGAGCCGUGGGAUCUUCAGCCAACGCGACGGCCAACAACAGCAACAACAACAACCGCGCUCCCAAUCAGCACGGCCGUGAAUUGAACGACUCGUUCGAUUCUGAUUCGCGGCUGAUGACCCGCGGAGAAGAGGAACGAUGCCAAGAUCUCGAUCGGGUCCUACGCUACUUACUACCCAUCGCUUUGGGCUCGUCGACAACGAAGAGCGUCGUGGUGCUUAUGGACGCUCGCCAGGGCUGCUGGCGCCUGCUGAGAGCCUCGACAGAGCAGGUGCAAAUCACGCUAGCCAACCACCUGGCCGCUGUUUGGGCCCUGAAGCCGGAGCCAUUCUGGGAGAAACAGCACGUCGAGUGCGUUAAAAGCCGACAGGAUUGCAAGAUUCAGUACAUGUCGCUGAGCAAACUGCACAAGUUCGUCGAUUUGGAUCAGUUACCCGAAGAGCUGGGUGGCCAACUUCCGUACCAACACAAGCAGUGGGUCAAGAACCGAUUGAGGAUGGAAACGUUCGGCAAACGGUCUCAAAUGAUCUUGGCCAAUCUGUCGGAGGUUCGCGGCCAGUUGGAGCGCGGCUGCGAGCUGCAAAAAAGCGACGGAGGCUUCCGCAUGAUCGACUGGAUGGUCUCGCUCGGAACGCUCUACCGCAACUGCCUCGCCAACGUCCGCAAAGUCGAACAAAACGGGAGGAAACUCUACAAACAGUUAGAGACGGAUGAAGAAUCGGGUUUCCGGCUGGCCAGAACCGACGGAUCCGUCACCGAGUACACGACCCAAUGUCAGCGGCUUGUUCAGGAAGCCUUGGCCGGAAUACGCGGACGCGUGGGCGAAGCUGAACAAUUGUACGCCGAACUGCAGUGCGGCAUCCAGCACGCACGGGAAAUCCGGCGCCUGGAGGCCGGAGUGGAGGCCGUCACAGGUUGGGUGCUGGGACCGGGAGCCGAUCUCUUGCGUCAGCUGAUUUUGCGCGGUAUCGGACAGGAUCCCGAUUCCGUCCUAGUGCUCCAGCAGGAACUGGAACACCUAGAGCUCAAGUGUCGCGAUACCUACGCCAAAUACGCGGAAGUGCGCCACAGGUUGGGUUUCCUCUUCCGCUCUCGCUGCAUCCUGCCCACCGACAUCAAACCGAGACGCAGCUUCAUGGAUUCCGUUUGCCGGACUUUUGCCGGCCUCCUGGAACGCCGCCGACGCGUCCUCAUCACGUCCUACAAAUUCCACCGCCUUCUGGCCGAGUUUCAUGUCAAAUUGGCUGACGCUUUGCGGGCCGUUCAGUCGUCGGAGGUGGGCGAGGAUCCAACUAAAGCUGAAGGUGCCAUGAAUAUGUUGGACGAGUUCCAGCAAUCGAUCGACGGGCUGUGCGGCGAGGUGGAAUCGGAAGCGCAGCGUUUGCUGGACCUGUUGGUUUUGCCGCCCAGAGACGCCGUCGGUCGCGAGCUGCAGGGCUACGACCACCGCCGCGAGAGGCAGCACGUCCAGUUCUUCCUGCGAAGAGUUCAAGACGGCCAGGGCCGGCUCCAACACGCCUGGAGCAUGGAACGGCUCAGGUUGCGAAGAAUUAUUGAAAUAUCUACCUGCGAAAGAGAUUCCCAACAGGCUUUGGCGUGGCUCGGCGAUUUGUGUAACGUCAUGAAAACUUCGAGGGGACGUGUCGGCUGCAAUCAGAGCGAAGUCCAGGUGCUAAAACAACAGCAAUCUAAAUUCCAAGAAACGGCCAGGGGAGCUUACGAGUACGGAAUGGGAUUACUGAUGGCCGCUCUCGUUUUACGCCGCUCGGCCGGUUUGUCGCCGGACCGUAACCGUCAAUUAGCCGCCAUGCUCGGUUCCGUCUGGAACCGACUUUUGGCCGCCAUCCGUGAACAGAUGACGCGUCUCAGAGUGGCCGGACUGUUUUAUCGCGACAUAUCACAGCACGAAGCCGAUCUGAAUGAUCUGGUUAGCUCUGAGAGUCAGAAUAAAUGGACCAAGGAGAAUGAAGCAGAAUCUCCCGAUGCCGAGCAAGUCUUCCGCACCCUGGGACGGACCGUCCGGCUUGGUCGGCUAUUGCAGCGCAAAAUUCUCGAGCCUCUAUUACCAGGAGAAGGAUUUGAUGGCUGUCCGGAGAAUCAACAAGCCGUUCAGGUGAUUAGCGAACGGAUUAGUUGCGUGACGGAUUUAGCCCACCGGUUGGACGUUGCCCUCGGCAACCAUUCCGACUCUUACGUCGACGCCUACAUCAUGGACGACAGCGUGUUCGACAUGGAGGAGAUCGACGUCGAAGUCGGUUUCGAGGAAACGGACAACAUCAGUCACGAGUCCAGUCCCAAGGACGAAGACACCAGCAAAUCUUCUUGCUACCAAUCGGCUUCGUCCAACUGCAGCUGGACCAGUCUCAGUCCUGGCCACGUCGUGCCCACCAAAACACUGGAACAGCUCGACAUGAAACCCAUGGACGACUUCCGCGACUACGUCAAUUUCACGCCGACACCUUCCAAACUCUUCCUGCAAACUUGCACACCUUCCUCCGGCGUCGGAUCGUCCACUUCGGGCGGCUCCAUCGGCGGAUUGUCGCCCAACUCGUCAGAGGACAGCGGAUUCGGAACCGGAUUGAGGGUCUACAACGGCAGCGGAUCCAGCAAACUCUUCGUCAAGCCGGACGAACCAAAUGCGACAAACGCCGACACUACCGGCGUAGACAAGUCCAUGAAUAAGAUGGAUGAUUUGCUGGGAGGGUCGCGAUUCCGCAGCAGCAUUUGUUACGCCCGUUCAGCCUCUUGCGAUUCACUCUUCUAAAAAAAAAUCAAGAAAAAGACUCAACACAUUUCAAAUGGAGAUCAUUAUUUUGCAAAUCACUCAAAGAGUUUUAAAUUCGCUUUCGUUUCACCUGUUCAUUUUUUCUUUCUUCGUUUCAUUUUUUUUAUUUUUGUAUUUUUCACUUCCAUGGUUCUUGUCAUAAUGCGCCGCACUAACUGUUUGCCAACGUUUUCAUUCCUCCAGAGAUAGGAAUAAAUUUAUAUUAUUCUAAAA